AUGAAGGUGAUUCUUGGUGAUGAAGAGGAGCAAUACAAUAGGCUGUGGGACUAUGGACAUGAAUUGAGAAGGAGUAAUCCAGUUGUUGAAGUUGAGUCUUUGGUCACUUGGAAGUGGUUUUUGCAAACUCUGAAUGAAGAUCUUGGGAUUGAAAACACAUACCCAUGGACUAUCAUGACAGACAAGCAGAAGGGAUUGAUACCAGCUGUUGCACAUGUCUUUCUAGAAUCUAAACACAGAUUCUAUGUGAGCCAUUUGUUUUCAAAUUUCCAAAUACACUUCAAAGGAGAGAAUUUGAAGAACCAACUCGGAUAUGUGCCAGUCAACCACAGAACUUAG